AUGGCGGCUCGACUUGCAACCCUCGGGCUCCUCGCCGGGAUUGGAGCGGCGAGCUUCAUUCCCGAGCCCCAGGGCGUAACCAAGGUGCUUUCGGAAAAGUAUCCCGGAGCCUCUAUCGAGUAUAAAAGGACUGAGCUGUGUGAGACGACACCCGGUGCCGGAGGCCAGACUUUUGACGCCAACAUGUUCUUCUGGUACUUUGCAGAGGCCAGGAACAACCCCGAGACCGCCCCGACGUCCAUCUACGUCGCCGGCGGGCCGGGCACGUCGUCCUUUGACAACGCCAACAACUUCCCCUGCUUCAUCAACGAGGAUGUCAACAGCACCACCCUCAACGAGUUCUCGUGGAACACCAACGUCAACAUGCUGUACAUUGACCAGCCCGUCGGCGUCGGUUUCUCGUACACCAGCCUCACCGAGGGCACGUAUGACUACCUCACCGAAACGUUUACUCCCCUUGCCGAGGGAGAGGCCGUCCCCGAGACCAACGUGACGUUUGUCCGCGCGACCAAGAGCAAUCCCGAAUACGCCCCCUUGGUGAACACCACCACGACCGCGGCCAAGUACAUGUGGAAGUUUGCUCAAGUCUGGUUCCAAGAGUUCCCCGAGCACCAAACCUCGAGCGAGGAGAUUAGUCUCUGGGGUACUUCGUACGCCGGUUUCUGGGGCCCCGGCUUCUUCUCCUACUUCCUCGAUCAAAACGCCGCCAUCGAGAGCGGUUCCAUCGCCGACAAGAACGACAAGGCCCUCGCCCUCUCCACCCUCGGCCUCGGCAACUCGUGCCUCGACUCCCUCAUCCAGGGCCCCAGCUUCCCCGAAUUCGCCAUGAACAACACCUUUGGCUUCAAGAGCUACUCCGAGGAGACCUACGCCAUGGCCGUGGCCAACAUCACCGCCCCCGAAGUGGGCUGCAACGACCUCAUCGCCGCCUGCAGGAAGGCUGCCGACGCCGAGGACCCCGAGAGCAAGGGGAACAACGAUUCGGUCAACGAGAUUUGCGCCACGGCGAGCCAGGUGUGCUUUGGUGUCGUGCAGGGAGCCUUCACUGCGCUGUCUGGCCGGAGCCCCUUUGAUAUUUCCCUCGUCAACCCCGCCGUCUAUCCUCCCGAGCAGUCCUUCAUGUUCCUGAACCAGCGCUGGGUCCAGGAAGCCCUCGGCGUUCCCCUCAACUUCAGCAUCAGCAACGACAUCAUUACUAGCACCUUCUUCGGCAUAACAGGUGACCCCAUGCGUCGCAGCGUCGCUUCCAUCGAGCACCUCCUUGACAACGGUGUCAGCGUUGCUCUGUACUACGGUGACUUGGACUACCGAUGCAGCUGGUUCGCUGGCGAGGACCUCUCCCUGGCGAUGGACUACCCCGGCGCCGCUGCCUUCCGCAAGGCCGGCUACACACCCAUCCAGACCAACGACACCUACAGCGGUGGCUUCGUUCGCCAGCACGGCAACGUCUCCUUUGCCCGCGUCUUCGACGCCGGCCACGCCGCCGCCUUCUACCAGCCCGAGACCGGCUACCGCAUCUUUGACCGCGCCAUGUCCGGUAAGGACAUCGCCUCCGGCAAGACCGAUGCCGACAGCGACUACAGCUCCGAAGGCCCCAUGUCCGUCCGCGACGUCACCUCCGAGCUCCCCGCCUCGCGCCCCAUCGUAUGCUACACCUUUGAUAUCGGCAUCACCUGCGCCGAGAACCAGAUCCAGGCCUUGGUGGACGGAUCCGCCGUCAUCAAGGACUACGUCGUUGUUGAGCCCACCGCCGAUGCGUCGGCAGGACAAGGCGGCGCUGGUGGUAGCGGCACGGGUGGAGGUUCGGAUACUGGUGCCGCCAGCCGGAACAGCCAGGGCUGGUAUUCCCUUGGCCUGGCUGCCGUAGUGGCGCUCAAGUUCCUUCUUUAA